CAUAGAACUUAUAAUAUGGUUCCGAGUUUUCAGACUUCCCCUCAGUCAUCCCAACCAGAGAGCCUCUCUUCCUCCUUGUAUCGAAGAUCUUCUUUUGUUCUUUCUUCUCAAGCAAGAAUGCUCGAAAGAUGCUCGGGCUUGUGCCGGGGGAACCUGACUGUUGGAGCUACUCAGAAUAUCAGAAUUAUCCUCCUGUUCUUUAGCUUCGCGACUAUCCUUGUCCUACUCGAGACUACGGGGUAUUCCAGUACGUUCCGGUCGACGGAGAAUAAAUCCGCCAAACUCCGCAGCCAAUUUUACUACUUUGGCAAGCAUGUUGAGCCCUAUCGAGCCGUAAAAGAAGUCUCAUCAGCAGAGUCAACUCCUGUGAUAUCGGCGUCAACCCAGACCUCGAGCUUGGUCUCGAACCCGAACUCAUAUCAGGCACUCAACAUAUCGAAGAUUUUAGCAGACGAAGAGGAUCAGGGAACAGAUGGUGAGGAACAGCCUAUCCUUAACCCUGGUGGAUCAUAUAGGCUUGGCCGGAAGAUAUCGAACUGGGAUCAACUACGAGCCGAGUGGCUUAAAAACAAUCCAGGCCGCCCAAAGGUUGUGGGGUCCGGAAACAAGCCCAGGGUGUUGCUUGUCACGGGGUCAUCCCCAGGACCGUGCGAGAGCCCAAUCGGAGACCACCUCCUUCUGAAGUCCAUCAAAAACAAGAUAGACUACUGCCGUCUUCACAGGAUCGAGGUCUUCUACAGCAUGGCGGUCCUCGAGGCGGAGAUGGGCGGGUUCUGGUCCAAGCUCCCAUUGAUCAAGGAGCUGAUGCUGGGGAACCCGGAGGCGGAGUUCCUUUGGUGGAUGGACAGCGACGCCCUGUUCACCGACAUGGCCUUUGAGGUGCCAUGGGAGAGGUACAGAGAUUACAACCUCGUAUUCCAUGGGUGGAGCGAGAAGGUGUACGAAGAGAAGGACUGGAUCGGGCUGAACACGGGGAGUUUCUUCAUCAGGAACUGCCAGUGGUCCCUCGACUUGCUUGAUGCCUGGGCACCGAUGGGUCCCAAGGGCAAGGUGAGAGAGGAGGCAGGGCAGCUCCUAGCGAAAGAGCUCAAGGGCAGGCCUCCCUUCGAAGCCGAUGACCAAUCAGCAAUGGUCUACCUUCUAGCCUCUCAGAGACACAUAUGGGCCGACAAAGUUUACCUAGAAAACUCAUACUGCUUGCACGGUUACUGGGACUUUCUGGUCGACAGGUACGAGGAGAUGAUGAACAAGUACAGGCCAGGCCUCGGGGACGAUAGGUGGCCCCUGGUGACGCACUUUGUAGGGUGCAAGCCAUGUGCCAGUUCCGGGCACUACCCAGCCGAGCGGUGCCUCAGGCAGAUGGACCGGGCUUACGGUUUUGCGGAUAAUCAGGUCAUGAAGGGUUAUGGGUUCGUUCACUUAUCGCUAAGUAGCAGAAGGAUGAAGAGGAUUAAGGAUAUAAAGGUGAAGUCUUCAUCCAUUGAGAAGAGUGUCAAUUAAUUAAUUUAAAUCAGUAAUUUGUCUUACAUUAAGAAUUGUAAUUAGCUGUCGUGUGACACAUGCAAGGCGAGGUUAAUUUUUGAGUUCUUGCUCGUGUUAUGAAUCCUCCAUUUUUUUCCCUGUAACUAAUUCCAAAUAAAUAAAUUAUAUUUUUUUCUCUUA